UUACCUUUGUGUUUUCUUUUUCUUUUUUUUUUUUCUAUCGAUCCAACGUUGAAGAUCGUUGAAUUACAGCAAGCGUUUCGCGUGUCGUUCGAGUGAAAGCCUCAUGGUUUUCGUAAUCAGGUGUCAAAGGUAUCCGAUCCUGCCUAUCUUCGAUCGCGAUUCGAACGUAAAGAGAUCGAUAAAUGUAAAAGUGUAAUUAGUUCGAUUUAUCAAUUUACGAAAGAAAGAUUUAUAGCCGUGGCGUGUGUGUUUCGGUAUAGUCGGACGCUUAAUGCGGCGUUUCUAAAACUGGAACAAGACGCCUGGACGUUCGGCAGAAAGCACUUCUCGCCCUGUGUAAAGAAUGCAUCGAACUGCCGCGUCGUGCUGCACACGUUACACACCAAUUAAACGUAGCUGGCCCCUGAUAUAUAUAAUUGCAUCUUUUACGUACUUCUUGUUUUUGAUCGUAAAUUGCGUUUCUCGCGUGUGAAAACGGCCAUCCACCGCAACCGGUGGAAGAAGAAGUAGCGCUGCUUUGUAAAUCAAAUCGCCGCGCGAUGUAUCACCGCGUAUGCUCAGCCAAUCUGCACCCAUGUGUCCGCGUUAUUCAACAGAUCUGUCCGUAUUCCGCGGCACGAGAACCUGGCGUAUCCAAACGUUGCACUGCCAAAAUUGUCCGUGUUUCGCGCGUUGUCCAUUCUUUCAAUCGGAUAUGAACGCCGUUCAUCGUCGAACAGAAAUCAUUUCAAUAGUCGGUCAUUUCGACAAUCGACGCAUUCGCGAAACCAUCGGAGCCGGUCAUUAUCGUCGUGUCGGUCAUACUACGGAAGCAAAUAUAUAUGUACAUGUAUGUAGGUUUCAUUCGUUGAGUUUGAGCUAGGUCAGUGCGGUGAAUCGCUGCGGAGGAGUUAAUCCGAUAAACCGCUCUUCAACGUUUCCUACCAUUUAUUAUAACAAGGUUUUUGCAAUUGAAACUGUUCGAGCGUUCAACUGACAGAUGCACAAUUCGCCUCGCUGCGGAAUUUCGCUGCGAUUCGACUUGGCUGUUUCGCUCGAUAUCGAUCGUUAAUAAUCGAAUUUUCAACAAGGGAAACAAAAAAAAAAAAAAAAACGCGGCAAAGAAGUGGUUUCAAUUGCGGAAACGAAACGAGAGCGAAGGUCGUUUGUAUUGACUGGUUCUGUGGGACGCAGAUUUCUUCCAGAAAAGCCAAAGUCUCCUUCCCGUGUUUGCUCGAGGACGCUCGAAGAGAGAGAGAGAGAGAGAGAGAGAGAGAGAGAGAUGUGCCAAGUUUCGCCGCUGCGGAUGUUUCAUGUGCUUCUCGAGUUCAUCGACGUUGACUGGUUGCCGCACUGCGUUCCUUGUUAGGACUAUGUCCUAGUCCGCUGUGAUUCCGCGAAACGCGUAAUCCCACUGCCAAAAGAGAGAAAGAGAGAGAGAGAGAGAGAGAAAGCGAGUGUAGUAUACCCAAAGUUUAAAUGUGAUGCUAAGAUGUCGGGCUACCACUUCAAGGACGUAGCUCGUCGCCGCCUCGAGAGUCUUCCCGAUCGAGAAUCGACGAUCUCGUUUGUUUGAACCAAGAGACGCCGCCACGUCCACCGACAAGACUGAUAAAUUGUGUGAUGCAGCACGCGGAGGCGACGAUCUUCCGUCCCGAUUCAAGCUGUUCAAUUUCCUCGCAAUAACGGCGAAAAUGUUCGGCAAGGUACCACCGUCGAAUACACCGGGGCCGCCUUCGAACGAUGGAACGACGUCGGUCGAGUCGUGCGUUAGGCCAAGUGGAGCCGCGUGUUUGCCGUGUUUCUCGGUCGACGAGACGCCGGCAACGCUCACCGAGGAAAAGUCGAAACCUUGGAGGCCGAAGGACAACUGUAUGCCCGUGGUCUCCGAAGCACCCUCCAUAGGGAUGGAGGAUAAGCAGAAGAUCUGGCGAUCGAAAGAGAAUUGUACCUGUUCUGUCAUUUUCGAACCACCUUGCAUCGUCGAUGACAAGUCGAAACCGAAGAGAGCAAAGGACGGAUCGUGUCCUCUAAACGAGUAUUCCACGCUCACGGAGGACAAAACGAAACCGUGGAGAUCCAAGGAGAAUUCUAACGUCAGCGUGGUCCCCGAUGUAGGGAUGUCCUCGAUCGAGGACAAAUCGAAAACGAGGAAAUGCAAGGAAACGUGUACGCCUUCCGAGUGUUUGGACGAUAAGAAGACUCGAAGGUCCACGAAGGAGUGUAACAAUAAGCUGACGGUGGAAUUAGCUUCCGUAGACGAUAAGUCGAAGGUUCGAAGAGUCCCGAAAGACGGUAACACCGGAGGUGUCGAUUUGUACGGCAGCUCGCAAGCAUCUAGCUCCGCGCCUAAUUUUUCCCAAGUGUCCAUCUCGCUCGUCGAGGUGAACAGACCUGGCAAGAUCGAGUCGACCGGGUGCCUGGUCGCGAAGAACUCUUGCUCCAAAUACUCGGUGAAGGAGACUUCUGCCCACGGAAGAAGUCACACGGGACUGGCGGCAAAAACGACGUCCGUUCACAAGUGCACGUCGAACUCUAAUUGUACAAGUUACGUGAAAUCGUCGAGCUGCGCGUCUGCCAAUGCCGCGAAAUCGCAAAGGGUACUUUGUUCCACUAGCCUGAGCAGUUUGAACGUCGAUCUUGGCUCGAGAGACUCGUCGAAACUGACGAAGAAGCACACAGGCCCUAACCGCGAAUUUCUUGCUGGUAAGGAGCAACAUUUGCCCGGAGGAAAAUCUAUUUCCAGAGAGACGCAGAGGAGUGUCGCGCAGACUGCACCAUUGGCGGCAAGCAAACCCGCGAGGUCUUCCGAUGCAACAAGACAUUCGGUGUCGAACGGGAAAACUCGUCCCGUCUCGGAAAUCAACGACGAGCACGGUGAAUCGUCGAUGGACUUUACGGCGAUCUCUGCGAUUCAGUCGACCGACGAAUCCUGCCAGAAGUCGUCCGCGAAGUCGUACACCACUGACAACGAUAUCGUGGAAUUGGUAGUUUCGGCCACUUCCACUUCGUCGGCUAGCUACGAGCAACGAAAUUGCAGAGGUGACUUCACCACGUCGACACCGUCGAAAGACUGGAUGAAAUCUAACGGCGACGCGUUACAGCAGAGUUGUAUUUCCUGUUUGCCGCAAGAUCUUCCAACGGAGCUUCAGUUGCCUUCGUCCCGAAGUUACAGGGAGCGAGAAAAGUGCCGUGAUCCAUGGCGACCCACCGAAAUGGAAAGCAAUAUCUGCAACUUGAACGCAGUGUGUCCUAGUGAUACGUAUCAGGAUACCGGCUCGAAAAGGAGGACAGGUGCUUCCUGUCAGGCGUUGAGGCAUGCGGUUGCCUCGUUGAAUCGAUUGGAUGACUUUUACAUGGAGAAGAUCGGUGCCGGAUUCUUCUCGGAAGUGUUCAAGGUUACCCACAAAGUGACGAGUCAGGUGAUGGUCCUGAAGAUGAACCAGCUACCAGCGAAUAGGCCAAACAUGUUGAAGGAAGUUCAACUGAUGAACAAGCUCAGUCAUCCAAACAUACUCAGGUUUAUGGGAGUCUGCGUACACGAGGGACAGUUGCACGCGUUGACGGAAUACAUAAACGGCGGUAGCUUGGAACAGCUGAUCAUGUCGAGGCACACGCCGCUACCCCAUUCGAUCAGGAUGAAUCUGGCGAGAGACGUGGCGCGCGGCAUGACCUAUCUCCACAGUCGUGGACUCUUUCAUCGCGAUCUUACGUCGAAGAACGUACUGAUCAAAAAGGACGAGAACACGUCGGAGAUGACGGCCGUGGUGGGCGACUUUGGCUUGGCGGCAAAGAUCCCCGAUCCCAGUUCCGGAUAUAGGCUGAGCACCGUGGGUAGCCCCUAUUGGAUGUCACCGGAGUGUCUGAAGGGUCAGUGGUACGAUCACAGAUCGGACAUCUUUUCGUUUGGCAUCGUGGUCUGCGAGCUGAUCGGCCGGGUGCCGGCCGAUCCGGACGUUCUACCACGGUCAGACAACUUUGGCCUCGAUUACCUGGCCGUGGCAGAGAUCUGCGCGGCAGCUGAUCCGCCGCCAGCCUUCCUGCAGCUUGCCUUCGAUUGUUGCACCUACGAGCCAAAGUCGAGACCGACCUUCCAGGAGAUCGUCUGCAGCCUGGACACAAUGAUCAGCAACUAUGAGGAGGAAACGAAGAACAGCAUCGGCAAGCGUCAAUCGGUGGAUCCUGCUCUGAUGUCUAGCAUGGACGAAAUCACUCGAGAGGGACGGCCGACGAAACGCAAGACCGCUCGUCUUCGGAGUCAGUCGGCAGACGCGAGGGGUUGCGACAACGCGACGCCAUCGGACAAAGCGAGAUGUCACUCUGUGAGAAGAGUGGCGGAACUGGCUAGCAGGAGGGAUCCGCAUUACAGGCCCAUGACGGCGAAUCCGUUCCACGCGUUGGGUGGCGUGAAAAAAAUUCUCGGCGACCUGUUCUCCAGCUGUCUGGAGCUUCCGUCUUUGGAGGACGUCAGGCCGAGCGUCACCGAUGCUAUCGCCAAGUUCAAGCCCGCGCAGAACGACAGUAUCGCGAAGAUCUUGGACAGGAAGAAACCAAAUUCGGAACCGAGCAGUCCCACUGCCAGGAAGAAAUGGGAGAGGAAGGUGGCUACGAAGGUGGGCGCUGCCAGCUUGUUCACCCACCCGCUUUUCCGGGACGGAUGGGAGCCAAGGAGGCGCGGUAGCUGCGAGUCGGGCUUCUGGAGCUGCGUCGGCGAAGAUCUCAGCCCAGAGCCGCCGAAUCGCCGACACACCUCCACGUUGAGCAGCUCUGCGGCGAGCAGCCUGUUUCUCUUGGACGAUCAUCGGACCAGCUCGAUCUACACCGACUCGUCCGAGGAUAUAGCGAGUUUAGGUGGUGGUGACUCUUGCUGGGAGGAUAGGUUAAGCGGCAUCGGGUCUUCCAGCAAGACCAUCUCCAAGAUCGUCGAGUAUUUCGAGAGGAAGCAAGCGGGCAGCUUGCGACUCGCCGAUCACGAUGCCGGUUCUAGUAGGUUAACGUUGUUGAAGGCAAGCUUAGAGGGUCCUGUUCCGCUGUGCAGCAUCUCAGCCGCACAGAGGUUGGUCGUCUGCGAGGGUGCAGUGCGCAGCAAGUUGCCUCUGUUUGACAAAAAGUGAUACGCGUCGCUUGCACGCCGUAGAGUUUGUUCCUUAGGAUUUCUUAGUUAUCUGCCGAUGUUUUUGGACCGCGUGAGACGCACGCGCGCAGACGCGCCUACACGGAGAAACGUUUCGACACGACGAGCUGUUUCACAGGCAAGAAUGACGGCAAUAUCGACGCGACAAAGAUAUUGGAGCGAAGAGUAGAGAGAUCCGGAGGAAAAUAGGAGUCGAACAACCUGGUCGCGCGCGACGGAAGAGCUGAAAGGAUCGAGGAAUCGAUUAUAUUUUUAUUGGACUUUGGCGAUCGAAGUUAGAAUAUUUGAAAAUGGAGAACGAGGUCGGUAUUUACCGGAUUCGAGCAUCUGUGGUACAAGUUCAAUGAAAAUACAGUCGAGUACGAGUCGAGCGGACGCUUCUUUAAAAAAAAAAAAAAAAAUUCUAGUAACCCGACUGUGAUGUUUUUUGAUAAUCUACAUACAUUAUUGAUCCAUGCAACUAUGUUCGAAGCUGUCGGCACGAGUUUCCUCUUCCGCGUGCGACGAUCGUUAGACAUUUCUCACCGUCAGCGUUAGUGCACUUUGAAGAAAAAGAAAAGAGAAAGAGGAGAACUUUACACUGGAUGCAAUAGCCGUAAAAUU